CAAAAAAGUUACUGUAUGAUACCAUACGAGAGCUAGGACUUCCGGUACAAAAAUUCGUUUUAGGUGCUAGAGCAUCAGGAGAUACUACUGUACACGUACGUGGAGUCCAUCUACGGUACAAAGAUUUAGGGGGUACUGGUACUCCAUACAAUCUACAUCCGAACGAACGGAAACCAGUUAAACAACUGAAAUGGGAAAUGUUUAGGAAUUAUACCGACGUACUGACGACCCCUGUCCCUGAAGAUGCUAAACAAUUCUAUAUUAAAGAUGUCGAUGGACUAGAAAUGUACAAGCAAAGUAUCAAUUCGUUGUACCAUAAAUUCCUUAGUUCAGAAGCACAGAAUUAUAUCAGAGACACAUCCUCUUUCCUAGAUUUAGGCGUAAGUGCAUCGGCAGAGGUUAUGACAUCUCCCCCGUCUCAAAAAGAAGAUGAAGUUUCAACAGUGACAACAGGAUUUAGUUCUAUACCUGAAAAGCUACUUGAAACGUUCCUUCGGGCGAGUCGAAGGCACAAUAUCAAGCUAAAUCACCAUUUGAAAGCAAUAAAAAAAAUGAGAAAUAGUAAUUACAACUUGUACUUUGAACCCACGAUUACCAGAAAUGGACGAACUAGCAUUAUAAAGAAUAAACCUUUUAUAAAGAAGUGUGCAAAAAAGGUUAUCCUCGCAGUCAAUAGAUUAUCACUUGAAAAGCUUAACUGGAAGGGUUUGUAUCAACCUCAUAUCAGAGAAUACAUAACCAAAGCAGUAAAAGAUGUCAGCGCUGGAAAAUUUUUUCUCGCGUACAAUUGUCCAUGGUGGAGGAGAUCCCCGGUUUACUCAGAUUAUGCUAUAUCAGAUACCCCAUUAAAGCAAACUUACGAUUUCGGAACAUCAAAAGCUAAUCCUACAAAGUCUAUACUUCUACCCAUGUACAAUGAUGGUGAUAUACCAUACUGGAACGAACUAAUUGAAAGGGAACACGGUAAUAUAAAUAGCAGUGAUAAUGUCUUCUCCGUUGGAAAAGAAAUAGUCAAAGUUACAGAGAAAUAUUUGUCUGCCAUAUAUCGACUGCCACUCACAGACAUACCACCUCCAAUAAAUGGAAUUAUAAGUUAUUGGCAGAAUUAUCCGUACGGUGGAGCGUGGCAACUAUGGAUGCCAGGUUAUAUAUGGCCGGACGUUGAAAGACAGAUGACAAAGCCGUCAAAAAAAGAUGAGAUAUUUGUUGCUGUAAAUGCAUUCAGUUCUCGUUCAUUGUCAUAUGACUCUAACUCAGCAUUGCAAGUAGUGGAGCUCGUUAUGCCAUAUUUUGGUUUAAAAAGUAAAGAGUAAAACGUUG